AUGCUCUCGCCGGUUCUGUUAUGGCGAAGCGCGUCAAGAUGGACAGUCCUGCACACUUGGGGUGCAACGAUCAGCACGCAGCAAACAUGCGACGAGAAGGAGAACAUCCAUCCAAAUCAGGGUGCUGCUCAGCCUGUUCAGAAUGCUAUCGUCCGCUCGCGCAGUCGUCUGGCUUUAUCGACGAGCUUACGCCGGUCUACGUCUUCUAAGACCCUCAUCGCGAAGCAAGCCUCGGCGGCGGAUGUGCCCUUUGCGGACGUCCCGGCCAGUCUGCGCAAGGCCGGCAGCCUGCGCUCGGAUCCUGAGUCCAAGCCCCGUCCAACGAACGUUGAGGAAGAUGACGAGCUCGUGCCCACCGAGCCGAACACGCCUUUCCCCGUCAUCUCGCCCUCGGUCCUCCGCUCGCCGGCAUUCAGCUCACAGUCAUCAUCGGCUGAGCCUGGCUCCGCCGAUGCGAGGCUUCAGCGGCUGUGUGAGCGGGCGAAGGCUUCGCGCGCAAGGAUUUGGGAAGCGAACGAAGAUGGCGGCGAGGCGGCGCUCUUCGAGGACGCCUUUGUCAUUGGAUCAGAGAUGAGGCUGAGGAUCGUGGAGUGGUUGUUGACGUUCCUUCCCUCCAAGCGGCGCCACUCGCAACUGUACGACCAGCUAGCUACUUCCCCGGAGACGCGCUUCCAGGCAGUCGUGCUCUUCCUGGCAUGUCUAAAGCAGACGGUGAAGGAAAGUAAUUGGGGCGAGUUUGUGGACGAGAGAAUUAGGAAGCGACUGGUCGCGGAUGAGGCGAAGGAGGGUGGAACGGGCGUUGGAGAUCAGGCUGGCGCCGCCACUGGAACUCAGACGAGCGCGCACGACGCGGAAUACGAUUACGAGACGGAUCUCGCGGAGUACGAAGCGGAGGAGCUGGUUGAUGGGCUGAGACUGAUUGUGUGGGAUACGGCUGUUGGGGCGCUGGCGUUGAGUGUGAAGGAAUGCCAGCGCGACGUCCUACGAUCCGUCAACUACACGUUCGGCGUGACGCCGCAGCCGCUGAUGGACAAUGUCUGGUUGGCGGUGCCGGAGCUGCAGAGCGUGCUGGACUAUGAGACCCAGGAGGAGGCAGAGAAUCAGCAAGCGGACGCGGAGAAGGCCCACUAUCUGGAGACGAUGGAACGCUGUGCGAAGAAGGUCCUGGGAGAUGCUGUUCAGGGCUUGUAGAGCGCCCGACCUCAUGCGCUACGAUGCCGCCGUCCUCACUGCUGCUGCCAUCAUGCGCGCCCUUGUAGACGUCUG